AGUCAUAGCAAACAAACAGUGCUAGCGAGGAUUCCUGAUUUAACUAGACCAGUCUGCAGCUAGCUGCUGAACCCGACUGCAGGCAAUGGUCAAAGUGCAGCGAUCCUGCUUUUCCGUUUCUUUUCCUUUUCACCCGGACAGCCCACAGCCCCUCUGACACCUCCCCUGGGACUUCCUGACUCUGGGACCUCCCCACGCUGCGCCCUGCAGCUAUUUGAGGCCAGAGCACAGGCUCUUCCUUCUCUAGAUUCUGCUUGCUGACAGCCUGAACCUGGGGUUCCAGGCUUACCAUCAUGGAUCCACUGCUGGAAGCAAAUGCCACUUUUGCCUUAAACCUUUUGAAAACACUGGGUGAAGACAGCUCCAGAAAUGUACUUUUCUCACCUAUAAGCGUCUCCUCAGCCCUGGCCAUGGUCUUCAUGGGGGCAAAAGGAACUACUGCAAGCCAGAUGGCUCAGGCACUGUCUUUGGAUAAAUGCAGUGGCAAAGGAGGUAGAGAUGUCCACCAGGGAUUCCAAUCACUUCUCACAGAAACGAACAAGACUGGCACACAGUAUGUGCUCAGAACAGCCAACAGGCUCUUCGGGGAAAAGACUUUCGAUAUCCUAGCUUCUUUUAAAGAUUCCUGCCGCAAGUUCUAUGAAGCAGAGAUGGAAGAGCUGGACUUUAAGGGUGCUACAGAGCAGUCCCGACAGCACAUCAACGCCUGGGUAGCCAAAAAGACAGAAGAUAAAAUUACAGAGUUGCUAUCUUCGGGUUCAGUAAAUUCAAACACUCCACUGGUCCUUGUGAAUGCCAUCUACUUCAAAGGAAACUGGGAGAAGCAGUUUAACAAAGAGGACACUCAAGAAAUGCCUUUCAAUGUCACCAAGGAUGUGGUGAAACCUGUGCAAAUGAUGUUUCAGAAGUCUACCUUUAAGAUGACCUAUGUGGAAGAGAUAUCCACCAACAUUCUGUUGCUUCCCUAUGUUGGCAAUGAGCUAAACAUGAUCAUCAUGCUUCCAGAUGAACACAUUGAACUAAGUAUGGUGGAAAAGGAGAUAACUUAUAAGAAAUUCAUAGAGUGGACGAGGCUGGACAAGAUGGAAGAAGAAGAGGUGGAGGUUUUCCUCCCAAAGUUUAAGCUGGAGGAGAACUACGACAUGAAAGAUGUCCUGUGCAGGCUGGGCAUGACUGAUGCCUUUGAGGAGGGCAUGGCAGACUUUUCAGGAAUAGCAUCUAAAGAAGGCUUGUUUCUGUCCAAGGUCAUUCACAAGUCCUUUGUGGAGGUCAAUGAGGAGGGCACAGAGGCUGCAGCUGCCACUGCAGCCAAUAUAGGUUUUAGGUGUAUGGUCCCCUACUUCUGUGCCAACCACCCUUUCCUUUUCUUCAUCCAACACAGCAGGACCAGUGGGAUUGUGUUCUGUGGUCGGUUCUCCUCCCCAUGAGAAAGGAUGCUGUGGUGUCAGGCCACUGCCUUUGCCCAUUCUUUUUCUCAUGAUUUGUCUGCAUCAGUAAAUGUUGUGACAAUUCUGCACUUGGUAGCACACACCUGAAAAGCUAACAUUUAGCAGAUGAAGGUGAGAGAAUCAGAGAUCAUGCAGGGCUAGCCUCAACUGCAUAGCAAGUUCAAAGCAAGCCUGGGCUACACUAGACCAUUAAACACAAAACCAAAUCAAAUUAAAACAAUACAAAAAGAAAAGAAUAUACCCAUGUCUGGAUGCUUUAUAAAAUAGUAUUUUGUUUACAGUUCUGGAAGCUGCAGAACAUAGUUGGGGCUUCUGUACAGUUCCAGGGAAAAUGGUUUCACAAAAACAGGAUCAUGCAAGAGUGUUGAGCAGUAUAUAAGUUUCAGAUUCCUUAUGAAUGAGUCAUUCUUACAGGGUUUAAUGUAACCCCUUGAUCCCAACAUUAACCUUUUCCUAGACUGUAACCUUCAAUACUGAAGUAACUUUACCACACUGUGAACCAUCAUGAGAUAAACUUUAUCCAAGUGAGCACCCUUCAUCCUCUCUGCAGCAAUACUGGGAUCUCAAUUUUUUGGUUACUUAGUAAUUUAUUUUACAAUACUGAAGAUUUACUAUGUAUUUUUACAGUACUGAAGAUUUACAUGCAAGGCAAUGUACUAUACAAUAAAUUAUAUCUACAAUUUCCUUCAAAAA